UCCUGUCCCACGUGUAAGCAGGAAGAGUGUUGACCGUCCUCUGGUGCAGCUUGAAGUUUCUGGUGUGAUAUAAUCCACAUAUUUAAACCUGAUAAACACCAUGGAGCGACAGUAGCACACAUUUUGUACAUAGCCCGCAGAAGGUGCUAACAACCGGGGUAAAAGCGACUCGCAGCGAUGUCAGCUAACCGGUGUUUGCACUUGUUUUCUCGGCUUCAGCGGCACAUUAUCCCCCGGGCUGCCCGUUGUCCUGUGUCUUCUGGCUCUGCUUUGUUGCACAGAAAACACCAGGAUGGCUCUCAGGUUUCCAGCAGAACAGUUUCAUCAGACAGCUUUUCUUCAAAACCCCCUGACACCUCUCUGUUUGUCCCGGUGUCUCUGAAGGCUGACGCCUCGGAAGAUGGGGAUGUGGGGGUGGAGCUGACACAGCCCCUCGAUAGAACUGAACUGCUGAAAGUUCUGAACCGGUUUUAUAAGAAGAAGGAGAUGCAGAAGCUGGCAGCAGACCAUGGCCUUGAUGCUCGUCUGUUCCACCAGGCCUUCAUUAGCUUCAGGAAGAAUGCUCUGGAAAUGCUGUUCCUUCCUGCCGAUCUGCACAUCAUCCUCAGUGACAUCUGCGCCGGAUCAGGUCAUGUUGAUGACAUCUAUCCGUACUUUAUGCGUCAUGCCAAGCAAAUCUUUCCUAUGCUGGACUGUAUGGACGACCUGAGGAAGAUCUCAGACCUCAGAGUUCCUGCCAACUGGUACCCUGAUGCUCGUGCUAUCCAGAGGAAAGUGAUUUUCCAUGCUGGUCCCACUAACAGCGGUAAAACCUACCAGGCCAUCCAGCGCUUCCUGACCGCCAGGUCUGGAGUUUACUGCGGCCCCCUGAAACUACUGGCCCAUGAGAUCUUUGAAAAGAGCAACAAUGCAGGUGUGCCUUGUGACCUGGUCACUGGAGAGGAGAGGAGCUUCAUGGACCCCGAUGGUCGAGCAUCUGCUCACGUGGCCUGUACCAUUGAGAUGUGCAGUGUCACCACACCUUAUGAAGUUGCUGUAAUUGAUGAAAUUCAGAUGAUCAGAGAUCCUUCCAGAGGCUGGGCCUGGACCAGAGCACUACUGGGUUUGUAA